AUGACUGGAUUGAAACGAAAGAACAAUGCCACUUCGGGAUCGGCCAAACGGCGCAGGACCCAAUCAGCCGAGUCGCCCAUGGAAGAGCCAGUAAGAACUGUGUGUCUAAAGCGAUAUCUGAUCCAAGCUUGGCAGGAAAUGGUAGACCCUAACGUAGAAAAACAUCUCCCCACAUCCAUCUUCGCACGAAAGAUCACCGAAAACGACAAACCUUUCCUCCGAUCAGACCAGACCAACCACAUUAUCACCUAUACGGGGGCCUUUAACCCGCCCCACUCAGGCCACAUUGAAAUCCUGGCUGACGGCUUUAAUAACAGCGGCCCGGGCCUAAACAUCGUGUCGAGCUUCGUGGUCCCCCUCGGUGACGGCGGUCUCCAGGCGAAGGAGGACGCCAGGAAGGGCGCCGAGCCCACGCCCCGCCAGGUCAUGCUCGCGCGCACGCAGCGGGCGGAACUCGUCAUGGCACACCUCCGCGAGACGGAGGCCCUGAGGGAGCUCGCGUGCAAGACCAAGGUGUGGAGCUUUCCCGAGCUCGAGCCUAUCCCCGGGUAUAUGCGCCGCGUUACAGAACUCGCGGCCGCGGACGGGUUCGACGUCGAGUACGUAAGUCUGAAGGGCCCGGAUCACCUGUGGUAUGACCGCCCGAUCAAUCACCCUGCGCUCAUCUUGUGCAACAAAAUCAUCUUCUCGGAGGUGUCGCGCGCAAAUGAAGAUACAUGGGUCAGGGGACGGCCGAGGCGUCUCAGAGGUGGUUGGAGCCGCUGGUCAGAGAUCAGCAAUGUGACUGGAGAUGACGGCGUCACGAGGUCGGUCUGGGAGUGUACUCUCAAGACCCCGGCAGGUUCCGCGGUAAGACUCCUCACGGACGAUAACGAGGCUGACAAGCCUGACAUUAGCUCGACUCGCAUCCGAAAGGUUAUCCUCGAGUCAGCUCCAGGUGAAGACUUGAAGGCUUUGGUACAGAAGCUCAGGGACGCCUACGUCAUAAGCCCUGAGACACUUGUUCAAUUCCUGGGCGCUCAGUGA